UGACGUUGAUAAACGUGUGGUCGAUCUUGUCAAGUCAACAAAGAAAUGUCAAAACUUUAUAAACAUUCAGUGAUUCCGCAAUCAGCAUUUAAUUAAUUUGUAAGUUUAAAUAUGAUUUUUAUAAAUAUACUAUUUCCUUUUUUAUUUAUAACUGCUGCCAGAGCCAAUGGAGACAGCGAAUACUGUGAUAUCAACAAGAAAUCCUGCGAAAACGAAGUCCAAGUGAACUACGGUAAAAAACAGAUAUUUUACGAUGUGAAUCCGCCGGAAGGUUUUAAUUUACGCAGAGAUGUCUAUAUGCGGUUCGCUAUAAUGUUAGCUGAGGCACAAAAGCAAGGCAAAGACAAUUGGGAGCUUGUUCUGCCUCCUUGGUAUAACCUUUAUCAUUGGAAAUCGCAAAAAUUUCCCCCCAAGCCAUGGGCUAAGUUCUUUGAGUUAGACGCUUUAAAAUCUUUCGCGCCAGUCGUGGAACUACAGGAAGUGUUCCGUAAAACGAAAAAGAAGGUUCUAGAAAUAGAUACCUUGUUUAUAUUGGAGAACUACGAGGACGCCUUCGAAAAUGGUGUUUUCGAAGAGAAAUGGGAGAUUGUCGGUGAAUGUAACCAUAAGGGAAAAUUCUGGGGAUACAAAAAUGUUACUGUCAAAGAGGUUUUAUGUGUAAAGUUUCAAGGAAAGAUAUCUAAACUGUGGGAGCUUAUUGCUCUACACCCGCAUAAUACGAAGAUAAUGUUUGGGCAUGGUGAAAUACCUUUACAUGACAACUACGGUACCAAGGUCUACUGGGACUGCCGCAAAAGCAUGAAAUUCAACAAAGAUUUAAACCAAAUUGCCAAAAAUUAUAUUGUACAAUAUUUAAAUUGUGAUUCCGAACUAUGUAACAACUAUCUCAGCGUACAUUGGAGACGUCAAGACUUUGCUAGAAGCCGUGGCAAUGAUGUACCAACAAUAGCAGGCACAGUAACACAAAUACACAACUACCUUAAAAAACGACCGCACAUAAAAAAGAUAUUCAUAUCAACUGACGCAUCAAUGUCCGAAUUAAAUACUUUAGAAAAGGAUUUAACCACUCAUGGUUACGAAAUACACUUCUUUUUACCAAGAGUUACAAUUAUAGAUGACUACGGAGACGGAGGGAUAGCAAUUAUAGAUCAAAUCAUAUGCUCUCAUGCUGCAUACUUUAUCGGUACCCAUGACAGUACAUUUACGUUUAGAAUACAAGAAGAAAGGGAGAUUUUGGGCUUUAAAAGCAGUACUACGUUCAACAGACUAUGUCCAGAUACCGGACCUUGCGAAAAGCCCUCUAAGUGGACUAUUGUCAACUAAAUACUGCUAAGUACCCUCUAUUGGAUACUUACAAACUUAAUUAUGCUAUCUCCUUUGAACCAAACUAUUUGAUGCAAAAUAAGAAUAGUUUUCUUCUGUGUAGGUGUCUGUCACAGCAUGCAUAUGCUAUGGUGACCAUACAUUUUUUUUUUACAGUGGGUAGAUAAAUUUAUCAUAAUAGGCUAUAGGUGUAGAGAAAAAAAAAUAGAACAAACAGUUUAAUAUCUAGAUUUUCGACUUUCAUAUCUAUAAAAUAAUUAUUAAGAAUGCAUAAUAUCAAAUAGAAGUACAUAAUAAUUAACAUGA